AUGGAACGCUGGGCUGGUCGUGUAGCGCUGGUGACUGGUGCGUCGUCAGGUGUCGGGGCAGAAACGGCUAAAGUCCUCGCUGAGAACGGUAUGUGUGUGAUUGGUUGCGGUAGGAAUGUUACAUCCAUUCAGGAAUUAGCUGACAAAUUGAAAUCAAGUUCAUCCAAAGGUGUUCUCCAUCCUGUGAAAUGUGACCUUCGGAGCGAGAAACAAAUACUGGACAUGUUUGAGGAAAUAAAAAGCAAACAUGGCGGUGUCGACGUUUGUGUCAAUUCUGCUGGUUUGUCUCAUGUAGCCCCAUUGCUGUCUGGUGAGACAGAGAAAUGGAGAGAAAUAAUCGACGUAAAUGUUAUGGCAUUGUGUAUUUGUACCAGAGAGGCAUUCAAACAAAUGAGAGAACGCAAUGUGGAUGACGGACAUAUCAUACAUAUAAACAGCACUUCUGGACACCGUGUUGCAAUGGGAGACUAUGACCUUAACCUUUAUGUCGGUACAAAGCACAUGGUGACCGGUUUAACUGAGGGAUUACGUCAGGAGUUACGAGGUUUGAAGUCUCAUAUUAGAGUUACUGCUAUAUCCCCAGGAAAUGUAAACACCAUGUUUGCUAACAGAAUGUACGGAGACGAAAUUGCCGAGAAGAUGAAAUCAGAAUAUAAGCUGUUGGAAUCUUCUGACAUCGCUGACAUGGUGAAAUAUGUAUUACAGUCACCUCCCCAUGUACAGAUACAUGACCUGAUAGUAAGACCGAUCGAGCAAGAAACCUAAUAACCUGUCUGACGUCAUUCCCCACAUCAUGUGAAAACAAUUAUAUUAUGUAUGAAUGAUUUCAAGAAAACACAGCUUUGAUACUUUUAACAACUUAUAUAUGUUAUGUAUUUUAUAGCAUGUGUUUGCAACAUAAGGUUAUACAGUAUACGUACUUUAAAAUGCAAUAUGAACGAGAAAAUGUAUUUUUUUGUUUAAUACUGUAUGUUGAUGAUGUGAAUUAUGAUUUACCACGGUUCCCAAA